UAACGCAAUGAUGAUCAGUACUGAAGAGUUAAUUUGAUGCAUUUUUUGUUUUGUUGUUUUGUUUUCAGGUUAGUUAUAUACCGCAAAUCAAUACCAUGCCUAGUGUCGAAUGAAAAUCAAAGCAGUGACGUACUGACGUACAAAAAUUUGACAUUCGAAGCCGAGAAAAACUUUGUUCUAAAAGUCGCCACCGAUGACCCAUGUGCUCUGUUGGACGUCAAGGCUGUGCGAACGGUGGAAUAUGGACUGAAUUACGAAGCAGCAGACACGGCUUGCCGCCAGGCCUUUGAUAUACUCAACAACCUAAACCCGCAUAACUACAGGUGCCGGGAUGGUUACUAUCCUGGCUGUCACCGGUUGACCAAGACGAGCAAGCAGCUUGGCUGUGCGGUCAAGACUAAAUCCUACAUGCCGGACCGCCUGAUGGGAUGCUUCUCGGAGUCCAUCCAGUCCCUCGCUACGUGCUCCAUACCACUUCGCGCAAUGAGGAGACGGCGGAGCAAACGAAAAGCUGCCUUCUUUGCCUCGGCUUCCUCAUCUGGUACUGAGAAAAGACUGCGACCAAGAGAUUUGUAAAGUGGGGGACUUUCGUGAUGGAUCGUAUUCGAUAUAUUAAAUAGGCGCUAUAUCGCUGAUAUUGUAUCGGUAUCGAUUGGUUCAACAUGUAAACAUAUGCCUCAAAAGUCAAUCGAGUAUUGCAGGAAGGGGGUUUUUGUGAUUGACUUUUUAUUCUUAGGUAUCAGUACUACACAAGAAUGAAAAGUGAAACUGACAGGAAUUUCGUCUUCUUCAGCUAAAAUUUUUUUGAUCCACAUCAGCUCAGGUGCCUUAUAGCCAAAAGAUGCUUUGAAGCCAAAUAAAUUCUAUGUA